CAGACGCAUAAAACCUCAUAACAAAACCUUCGCGUGAGUCGAUAUUGGAUCUGUGGGACCUUGCUAAACCUGCAGCCUACGUAGAGGCGAUUCACUGACUAAUUUGCAUGUGCACAUGCCUCCCCGACAGCAGGAAGUGACUGUCAGCUCUUUGAAAAGAAAUGAAACCUAACUGACAACAAAGGCAGGACUGCUAGAGGAAGGACACGCACACGGAGACGAGGACCAUCUCGACAUGGCCGCCGCUCAAGUGCCCCCCCGCGACCCCGGCUCGCUGCAGACGCACCUCACCUGCUCCAUCUGCUUUGAGCCUUUUGUGGAGCCCGUCACCACAGACUGCGGCCACUCGUUUUGUAAGAAAUGCCUGCAAAGUACCAUUAGAUACAAGGAUAACUGCCCUCUAUGCAAGGAUCUUGUGAGGAAGGUCCCGACUGUCAACAUCGUCCUGAGAAGCAUCGUGGAGGAGAUGAUUAAGGCCCUGGAGAAGUCUGCCGAUGAGUACACCGGGGACCCCGGCGAAGUGGCCUGCGACGUUUGCACAGAGCGAAAGCUGAAGGCCAAGAAGUCCUGUCUCGUGUGUCUUUCCUCGUACUGUUCGACGCACCUGGAGAACCACUCCUCGACUGAAAGGCUGAAGGGCCACAAGUUGGUGGAACCCGUGGAGAACCUGGAUGAGAGGGCCUGUUUGAAGCACGGGCGCCCCCUGGAGCUGUAUAGCAGGAAGAGGGGAGAGUGCAUUUGUGCACUUUGCAUUGAGGAAGGUCAGGAGGCGAUUGUGUCCACUGAAGACGAAUGUGACCAGAAGAAGGCCAAGCUUGAAAACAUAAAGACAGAAUUAAACGAGAAAAUUAAGAAGAAAAGAACAUGGAUCGACGAGACCGAUACAUCUCUGAAGAGAUGCAAGGACCAGCUGGAGAGUGAGUGGUGGGAUAUCGACAAUGUGUUCACUGCCGUUGCCGCCAUCGUGGAGGAAGCCCGGGCGGCAGCUCUCAGGCCGGUGGAGGCGAAGAGAGACGAAGUGCUGAAAGAAGCAAAAGACAUCAAAGAGAAGCUGGAGGCUGAGAUCCACAGACUCGAGAAAACCAUCUCUGAGCUAGACAACUUAUCGGUGCUUGAGGAUCACGUCCUUUUCCUUCAGCGCUACCCAGCUCUUCCGAACCCGGACAACCUCGUGGACUCAACAGCGGUGGAGCUCGACACAUCGUUGUUUUUCGGCACCUUGAGGAAAAUCACAACGACCAUGUUGGAACAGAUUCAACAGAAACUUGAGGAGCUGACCUCCACGGAACUUCAGAGAGUUCCAAAGUUCAGAGAGGACGUGAAGCUGGACCCGACCACCGCCCACCGUCGCCUCGUCCUCUCCGAGGACGGGAAGGAAGUGAGGGACAAGGGGGAGGACCGAGAGGUAGCCGACGCCCCGGAGAGGUUCGAUCUGUUCGCCAGCGUCCUGGGGCUCAACCCGUUGUCCUCCGGGAGGUCCUUCUGGGAGGUGGAGGUCGGCGACAAGACCGGGUGGGACCUGGGCGUGGCGAGGGCCGACGCCAACCGCAGGGGGAAGCUCUCGCUGAGCCCGGACGACGGCUACUGGGUCAUCGUGCGUUACGACCAGGAGAAGUACGCCGCUCUGACGGCGCCGCCCAUCAGCCUCUCCCUGGCGAAUCACCCCCGGAAGGUGGGCAUUUUAGUGGACACAGAGGAUGGCCUCGUGUCCUUCUACGACACGGCGGCCGGGUCACACGUCUACUCGUUCACCGGGUGCUCCUUCGGGGACGCCGUCCUCCUGCCGUAUUUCAGCCCGCACGCCAAACAGGAGGAGAAAAACUCAGAGCCUCUGAUCGUUUCUGUUUCAAAACACGGCUUUUGAGAAUGUGGAAGAGGGGGGUUCUGGGUAAUCCUGCCAUUUGUUGCUAAAAGUAUGGACCAUUUUUGUUCAAACGGUCUGGGUACUUUAGGGUAAAGUGUUGACAAGAGCUACACAAAUGAUCCCUUAUAAUACAGGUCUGUAAUGGAGGUUAUAAAGGUCUAUUAUAGAAGACUCAUUGGAAUGUGUAAAAUAAAGAGACACAUGUAAACUUUUUAUGGAUGUGAUAGGGGACAGUAAGAGAUGUUAUAUGGGUGUCCAUGUGUUAAUACAAUGUAUGUUUGAUUGUGCUGUCAUCAACUUGUUUUAAUAAAAUAAUAAAAUAUAAGUGAUCAAAUUGAA